GUUGAAUUUCCAGUACUUAAAGGCGAACUUUAAGCUUUAUUUGACGACCCCAUGUGAGCGGAGAUUGCCUAAUAUGGCCGAUACAACAUCCCAUGAUACUGUCGGCGCAUCCACUCUGGCCGCUCCCUACUUUUCCCCAUCCUCGCCUUCACCUUCAGAGCACCCGCCGAUUGACUCGCCUGACAGACUCCCGAGUCCAGUCAGUAGCCCUGGAGCCCGUUCUCCGUCUGGCUCACCUCCAUCCCAUCGUGAGGCUUCCCUUGAGCGUGCGGCUUUGGAACUCGAUGCGCGUCUCGCCCAGUACACCGUUGACUUCAGCCAAUUCCCCAGCACACAUGCGGACGACGGUAUAGACGAACAACAAGAGAUAGAAGAUGAACCGGACAAGCUAUCAGCUGUCGGUGGACCUGAGGAUUUUACUGCAAACUUGGAACGAUAUCUCCUUGGCGAGGAUGACUCGAUAAAUCAAGAUAUUGAUGAUGAGGACAAGGACCAGGGGCAGCCACAGGAGGAAUCGAAGCGCGAGACGGAACCGUUACAGCCUCACGAUAAACCAGCGCGACCAGAUAGCGGCCAGUCGAAUCAACCAGCGGUGGAGGACGAGGCAGAACUGGGCGAGUACAGCGAAUUUGGGCCUCCCGAUGAUAUGUCUACGCCGUCGCAUUUUCUCCGCCGUAAUGUGGCUCCUACCAAAGACACUACUCAUCUUGAAGAUAUUGAGGAGAAUCCGAAUGAUGAGCUGAGUCCGGCAGCGACACCGACAGUUCGGAAGUUCAAAUCACAGACGAACCAAGAUGUGAAACAAGCAGAUAAGGAUCUACGCCGUCAGAUUGCAGAGCUGACUCAGGCUGUAAAGGAGCGCGAUGAGCAGUUGGAAAGGAACCGCAACCGCGUUAUCGAAGCGGCGUCCGCUGGGGAAGAGGUUACGCACUUGCGAGCCGAAUUACAAAGGAAGACCGCCCUGCUGGAGGAUAUGCAAGAGAGUCAUGCAGAGAGGGUCAUAGCCAGAAGAUCUUCCCUCAAUGCGUCUGACUUUCGGGCCCUCCAGAAACAGAUUGCUGAUAUGCAGAAAGACCUGAACAGCCGUAGUUCCCAUGCUGAUAUUGAUACCGAGCGUCUGGAGACCAUUUCAUUGCUGCGCCAACAACUGUCGCUGACUCAAGAGCAAUUGGAAAAGCGCAAUGCCGUGCUGGAUGAUACUCUUGCUAGUUUGAAACAAGUCACAGCGUCGAAAGAGCAACAGCUCCACGAAAAAGACGCUGAGAUUGACAGACUCCGCAGUCAGGUUGACGCCCAACGCGCGGAAAUUGAGAGACUCGAAACGGACGUCGCCGAGGCGCAUCGUGAGUACCGAGCGCUUGAAGACCAAAUGGUUCUGCUUGAAACCAAGAACCGGCCAUUGGAAGAAAAGAACAGCACGCUCGAAGCAGAUUUAAAUCGCGCCCAGUCUCAAGUCACAGCUCAGGAGAAUGCCCUCAAAGCCAUGGCAGCAGACUUGCCGACCGAUACCCCGGGUGGAACGUAUAGCGAAAUCCUUGAACUGAUCAAAGAUCUGGGCCAGCCGAACACCAACCGGUCGACGAGGCCAAGGGACGGCAGCGACCAGGAUCACGACCUUGAACAGAUUUACGAAGAACUAUCCAAACUACGUACUGAAUCAAGCGAGCGAGCUGCGACAAACAAGAAUUUGGAGGCCCAACUCUCGCGCGCUCAUGACCAAGCCGCAGAAUCUCAGCUCUUGAUCCAAUCCAUCGAAGCAGAAAAUAAUCGUCUUGUUAGAAACACAGAAGAGCUCAAAUCAAAGCUGGACAAGACCUUCAACGAAUUAAACCGUCUCCGCACAGAGCACUCCGAAGCACAAGAGACGAUUACACGCCUCCAAGAAAGCCAACAAGCUCAAGCUCAAGCCCAAAUCCAACAACCAAGUCCCCCCUCAACACCCCACGCAAACCCAAAUACAACUUCGCUCUCUGCUCUUGAAGCAAACCACAAAGCCCAGAUCGCCAACCUCAAGACCGCCCAUGCAACAGCCCUCUCUACUCUUCGCUCCGCCCACGCCGACUCAACUCGCAAACUCCGCGCUUUCCUUUCUGCCGCUGAAGCCCGGGAAACCGAACUCCGCUCUCUGCUCGAACAAGAGAAAGAAAUCCACCGCAACGACGAAGAGGAAAAGGAUGCGGAGAUUCAGCGUCUUAACUCUGUCAUCGCAUCCAAGGACGAAACAGCCGCCGCCAUGGAUUUGCGCAUUGCCAAGUCCGUUGAGAAGCGCGAGCGCGAGUGGGAGCGUCGCGUGGAGUUGCUGCUUAAAGAGCGCGAGAGGAUGGGCAAGGCGCUUUUGUGGAGUUGGGGCGAGAAGGAGCACCCUACCAAGAAGGCUAAGGGAAGUAUUAGCGGUAGUGGGAAGACUGCUGAGGUUUCUAGUUGUGAGACCGAUAAGGAAAAUGUAGAUGAUGGAAGGAGACAUGGGCAGGGGCAGCCGUAUAGAUAUAAGUAUGUGAAGAAGACGUGA